AUGAUUUGUGGCUGGGUGUUGAGGAAUUUGGGUGAGGCUGAAUGUGAGAAUGAGGGUAGUAGAUGGGAGAUAGGUGAUGGAGAUGGUGAUGGAGAUGGAGAUGGAGAUGGGAUGGGAUGUAUUUGUAAGAUUAGGUUGUAA